GAUAUACUGAAUAAGUUUAAAACUAAGGAAUUGAGUCUGCAGUGGUGAACAAAGUGCGUGCGGCGUUCAAACGCAGUAACAGCAGCAGCUGUGAUUGGCCGGUUCCUGUCUGUGAGUCUCGCGCUCAGGAGUCGCUCUACGUCCUCAGUAGAGGCGUUGCUCUCGCUGCUCUCUGCUCAUUGUGCGACUUUGGCGAGAGAAAUUUCCGCUUCCUGCACCGAUAAACACCAGCGGCGAACACACACCGAGCCGACACCAACUUAAGCAGAGGGAGAGACGGAGAGAGCCGCGGGGAUUUGCCGCCUGCCGUCCGGUAGAAACCCCGGAGACUGCGAUGUUUUCACUCUCAGGCGGAGAUUAGCACUUUCCUGUUAGCGCUUCGCUCGCCUGCACCAUCCGGAGCCUGAAAAAACAGGCAAAGCGAAGCGAGGAGACGGAGCUACAGCACCAGAGGAAGGACGACACACAGAGAAGGCAGACUACUACGGGUAUUCUCCCCAUUAGCUCCUUGUGAAAGCCCGUUUUCAGCCUCCAGGAUGUCGGAGCGAGGAGGGCUCCCGCGGACUGGGGGCGUCCCUUCGCCGCACAUGCAGCCCUCCAAGCCGGUCAGCAUCUCCAACCGGCCGGUCCAUAUGAACCUGUACGCUACCUGGGAGGUGGACCGCUCCUCGCCCAGCUGUGUGCCGAGGCUUUUCAAUCUGACCCUGAAGAAGCUGAUCAUGCUGAAGGAGCUGGAUAAGGACCUCACCUCAGUCGUCAUCGCGGUCAAACUGCAGGGCUCCAAGCGGAUCCUGCGCUCCAAUGAGAUCUUGCUGUCCUCAGCAGGACUGACGGAGACCGAUCUGCAGCUCACCUUCUCCCUCCAGUAUCCACAUUUCUUAAAGAGAGAUGCCAACAAGCUUCAGAUCAUGCUGCAGAGGCGCAAGCGAUACAAGAACAGGACCAUCCUGGGCUACAAGACCCUGGCUUUGGGUCUAAUCAACAUGGCCGAGGUGAUGCAGCACCCCAGCGAGGGUGCCCAGAUCCUGGGGCUGCACAGCCAGGUGAAGGAUGCCUCAGUGCCCGUGGCUGAGAUCAGAGUCUACUCCCUGUCGAGUCAGCCCAUCGAUCACGAGGGACCUAAAGCAAAGAUGUCUGAUCGUUCUCCAGACAUCGACAACUACUCUGAAGAAGAGGAGGAGAGCUACUCGUCAGAGCAGGAAGGCAGCGAUGACCCCAUUCACGGGCAGUAUCUGUUUGAUGAAGACGAGGAGGUGAGGAAGAAGAAGCCGAGGCGUAAGCUGCCUUCCAACGCUGGUAUCACCAGGCAACCCAACAUCAAACAGAAGUUUGUCGCCUUGCUGAAAAGGUUUAAAGUCACAGAUGAGGUUGGUUUUGGCCUGGAGCACGUGUCCAGGGAGCAGAUCCAGGAGGUGGAGGAGGACCUGGACGAGCUGUACGACAGCCUGGAGAUGUACAACCCGAGCGACAGCGGGCCGGAGCUGGACGAGACCGACAGCAUCCUGAGCACGCCCAAACCUAAGCUGAGGCCGUUCUUUGAGGGAAUGUCUCAGUCGAGCUCUCAGACGGAGAUCGGCAGCCUGAACAGCAAAGGCAGUUUGGGCAGAGACACGUUCAGCCCGCAGGGGGAGCAGCCUCUUCUGGAGAAGAUGAAACCUUCCCGAAGCCGCAACCUGGAUGAGAUCCCGUCUGAGACCGACACGCUGGAGCUAACAGACCAGGAGCUGUUCGCUGAAGUCGGCCCGUGCAUCAUGGUGUCCGUGGCAGAAAAACCCCGUACACCCAUUAAGAGCAGCAAAGGUGAAGCACAGCCGAUGGCAUCGCCGAGGUUGGAUGGAGGCCAUACACCAAGGCAGAAGCGCAUUAGCACUCCGAUGAAGGAGAGACAGCUGUCCAAACCUCUCAGUGAGCGGACCAACAGCUCCGACUCUGAGAGGUCCCCGGAGCUGGGACACAGCACGCCGGUUCUGAGGAAAGCAGUGUACGAUCAGCUUAACCAGAUUUUGUUGUCGGACUCGGCGCUCCCAGAGAGCCUCAUUUUGGUCAACAGCACAGACUGGCAGGGGCAGUAUGUUGCAGAGCAGCUCCAGGUACAGAGACACCCGGUGGUCUGCACGUGCUCAGCAGCUGAAAUACAGGCGGUGCUGUCUGCCGUGCUCACUCGCAUCCAGAAGUUCUGCAACUGUAACUCGUCCAUGCCCAGACCAGUGAAGGUGGUGGCGGUGGGCAGCCAGAGCUACCUGGGAGCCAUCCUGCAGUUCUUCGUCACCCAGCUCGCCAACAAGACAUCUGACUGGCUGAACCACAUGCGCUUCCUGGUGGUGCCGCUGGGCUCUCAUCCUGUGGCUAAACACCUCGGAGCCCUCGACAAUCGCUACAGCUCCUCCUUUCUGGACGGGGCGUGGAGAGACAUGUUCAGUCGCUCAGAGCCGCCGCAGACAGAUCAGUUGGAUGUGGCAGGAAGAAUUUCCCAAUACAUCAGCGGAGCUACAGUAACACACCAGCUGCCCAUCGCCGAGGCCAUGCUAACCUGCAAGCACAGAACGCGAGAUGAAGACUCCUACCAGAAGUUCAUUCCUUUUAUUGGGGUGGUGAAGGUUGGUCUGAUCGAGUCUGGUCAGUCUCCAACAGGAGAUGCAGAGGAGGGUGUAGCAGUGAGCCUCGCUGUCCCCUCCACAUCACCACCCUCCCACGGCUCUCCCACCGGGAUGAUCAAAGAGACAGCCACGCCUCCCUCCUCUCCCUCCAUGGGGAGCGUGCUCACAGUUCAAGGGAGCCCCAGCAUGUCCCACGGCGUGGACGCCAUCGGCCUGCAGGUGGAUUACUGGCUGGCCUCUCUGGCAGAGAAGCGGCGGGAGGGAGAGCGACGCGACACGGGCUGCAAGAACACGCUGAAGAGCGCCUUCCGCUCGCUGCAGGUCAGCAGGCUACCAGGCGGGGGCAGCAGCGAUCCACAGGCCCAGGUCAGCACCAUGGCCAUGACUGUGGUCACCAAGGAGAAGAACAAAAAAGUUCCUACCAUCUUCUUGGGGAAGAAGCCCAAAGAGAAGGACGUAGACUCCAAGAGCCAGGUCAUCGAAGGCAUCAGUCGACUCAUCUGCUCGGCCAAGCAGCAGCAGACCAUCCUGAAAGUGUCCAUAGACUGCGUCGAGUGGAACGACGUCAAGUUCUUCCAGCUGGCCGCCCAGUGGCCCACUCACGUCAAAUACCUACCUGUCGGACUUUUCGGCUACAGCAAGCCUCCCUCGUAGGGCCGAGCGCCUCGACUCCUCUAACCGGACCUGACCUUUCGACUGCCCUCCACACAAACCCCACCUCUCAGCCGCCCGCAGAGCUGAGGGAGGACAUAAAGCAGCUGGACUUUCUCCUUUUCCUUAAUCUCAUUUUGGCUUCAGUUGUCUUAUUUGUCUUUAGGGAGAGGAGGGAGGGCAGCGCUGGGGUGCAGUGCUGUUACUAGUCACUUUAUUAUUGCCCCCUUUCUGUGUGUGUUGGUGUGCUCCGUGAGUAUGCAUGCACACGUGAAUGUACAGUAUGUGUGUGUGUGGGUGUGUGUGUGUGUGUUUACAAGGGGACUACAGCACAAGAUUAUUAGCUAACUGCCUUUUAUGUUUCCGUUCUAUGGAAUGCAGCAGCAUGCAACCACUCACCGGUUUCAAAGACUGCCCCCGCCCCCCUCAGAAGACCCCCGAUCCUCACGUGCAUGCUCUAAACUAACAGAUACACCAACCAUGUGCCGCAAACAAACUCCAAACUAGUGCAACAGCGCCUCAGCGUGUGCACAAGUCACUAAGAACGUGCAGCCAAAUAACAAAGCUGGCGUUUAAUGGAUUC